AGACGCUGGUCCAGUCUGGGACCUCAAAAACAGCUGGAAUCUGGAACUGAGCCUAGAAAACAGUCGAAGACAAAACCUGGGCAUUAGCUAACUGAGCUAAACGGUUGCGUCUCACUAGGGUCUCAAGAAUAAUGCUGACUGAAGAUGGAUGCUCCUGAGUACUUGGAUUUGGAUGAGAUUGACUUCACUGAUGAUUCAGUGUAUUCUGUGACAUCCUUGAAGAACAUUCCAGAGCUGUCCAGAAGAAACGAUGGUCAGGGAGAAGAAAGACAAGCCCCAGCCAUCAACUGGAGCCGUGGUGUGUCGUCACAUAGUGGCGGUGGAAUCAAGCCAACCGGCAUCGCCGACGUCCACAGCAAAUUCCGACCUGUGAAGAGGGUCUCGCCACUCAAACAUCAACCGGAGACCUCUGACAAUGAGAGCGACAGCAAGGCUCAGGCUCACAAUGGGGAAGGCAGCAGCAAAGAGGAGGCCUCAGACAAAACACCUGCGGCCUGCGAAGGCCAGGGAUUUAAAGCCAAGAGCCUGGGCACCGGAGGAGCUCUUUUUGGGGAGCUGGAGCACUACGACCUGGACAUGGAUGAGAUACUGGACGUGCCUUACAUUAAAUCCAGCCAACAUGUCUCUACUCUUCCCAGAGUUCCCCCUGACAAAAGGAUGGUGGGCGGCGGUGGCAGUGCCACUGACAGGUGCCAGAGCGUUAAGACCUCAACACUUCCCCACCCUGAGAGCCUUGCAAGUGUCACCCAGUACUGUGUGCUUUCGCCCGUCAAGUGGUCUGAUAUGAGGAAGUUGAAAUCUCUGGACCCGGACAAUCACCGGCCACCAACUGGGGGCUAUGACCACUCCACACCAAGCUCACUUAGCUGUUCCUCUGCCUCGGACGUGGAUAAACCUUUAGCCAAUAGGGCCUACCCAGAGCCACAGGCACACAAGACCGGAGGUGACACCCCUGGGAGCAGCCAGGCUAUGAUGUCCCCCCUCCAGGGCUGCGCUGGGGCCAGGCAGGACAACAGUAAGACCUGGAGCAGUACAAGACUGCACGGAGAGUGUGAUGAGGAGACCAAGAAAUCCCAGAACAUCAUCAAUAUCAUCCGAGAGGGGCAGAUUUCUCUGUUGCCUCACCUGGCGGCUGAUAACCUGGAGCUGAUCCAGGACGAGGAGGGGAACAACCUGCUCCACAUCUCUGCGGCCCAGGGCCACGCUGACUGCCUGCAGCACCUCACCUCCCUCAUGGGAGAGGACUGCCUCAACGAGCGCAACAACCACCAGCUUACACCUGCUGGGCUCGGGGUGAAGAACGGCCAUUUGGAGUGUGUGCGCUGGAUGGUGAGUGAGACGGAGGCAAUCGCAGAGCUGAGCUGUAGCCGAGAGCACCCCAGUCUCAUCCACUACGCAGCCCGCUAUGGACAGGAAAAGGUUCUGCUGUGGCUGCUCCAAUUCAUGCAAGAGCAAGCCAUUUCUCUGGACGAAGUGGACCAGUACGGAAACAGUGCAGUGCAUGUAGCCGCUCAGUACGGCCAUCUCACUUGCAUUCAGACCCUGGUGGAGUACGGCUCCAACGUCACCGUGCAGAACCAGAGCGGCGAGAGGCCUUCCCAGAGUGCCGAGCGGCAGGGCCACACCACCUGCGCCCGCUACCUGGUGGUGGUGGAGACGUGCAUGUCGCUGGCAUCCCAGGUGGUCAAGCUCACCAAGCAGCUCAAUGAACAAGCAACAAAGACGAUAGCUGUACAGAAUCAAGUCCAGCUACUCCUGGAUCCCUCAAAAGCAGAGGGAACGUCGUCGCGAUCGCCCAGGUCUGAUCUUCCACCACUCUCCCAUGUCCCGUCUGUGGAGGCUUGGCCUGAGAUGACCCUGACAGCGGAGGGGACCCCCGGGGAUGGCCACUGGAUACUGAGGCAGAGGAGCGUUGACUCAGACACCGUCCUGCGCCAGCUGCUGGGUAAAGACAUCUCAGACAAGGUGUGCACCAAGGAGAAGCUGUCCCUGGAGUUCCAGGAGGGCUCCAGAGCGGGGCCUCCUAAUCUGAACGGGGCCAACCCCGGGCCCCUGCGCAGGAUGGGGGUGGUGGAGAGACGGGAGCUGAAGCUGGCCAGACUCAAGCAGAUCAUGCAGCGCUCUCUCAGCGAGUCCGACUCGGACACCUACCCCCCUGAAGAGGCCAAACAUGCGCCCCCCCCCGGGGUGCGGCUAGAGAGACCCAGCCACCUGCCCAUCGCAGAGAGCGAGGAGCCUGUUGGCAGCCUGCAUCUGGGGAUGAAGAAGCACACCUCGACCACCGAGCACAAGUCAGCUUUCGCCCUCAGCACAUCCAAGUCCAUGGAUGGAUACCCCUCGCCCACGUCAGACAAAAGCGAGCCGGACGCUGACGGUAAACCAGAGGCCGGUGGAGAUUUCCCCGACUACAACAACGGACAAAAGAUCACGACGAGCCCCAAAAGUGCACUCAAAUCGCCUACCUCUCGAAGGAAGACCUCCCAGAAUCUGAAACUGAGGGUGACCUUUGAUGAGCAGGUGGUUCACAAGACGGGGCCACCAGAGAGUGAGCCGCCCAAGGGUGCCCACAGUAAAGAAGGAGCAGGAGGUAGGACUCCCACGGGGUCCGAGACGGUGAAGCGCCCAUUCGGAACAUUCCGCUCCAUAAUGGAAUCGCUGAGUGGGAAUCAGAACAGCAAUAAUAAUAACGCCCAAACGUCUCCCUCUGUCAAACAGUCAAGCUGUGGUGUGUCCCAGGGCUCGCCUGGCAGGAAAACGGAGGUUAAAACCAGUCCAGGUGGGCACUCCAAGGGCAAGAGCAAAGCUAGUGCUGUUUAGGGGCCUUUUUUUAAAGGAUCAAAUCAGAAAGCAUUGUACUUCUCUCACAGUAUUUGAUCAACUUGACUCAAGUAUUUUUGAAGUAACUGAAGUGUCCUCUGAAGUAUCCAAUACAAUUGUAAAAGAGAAUAUGUAUACUUAUGCACACACAGUUAUACCAUUGGUAAUGCAAUCUGUGGUUUUUCACAUGCACUCAAUGUGUACUAGCACAAAACAUAUACACUGAAUAUAAAUAUAAACGCAACAUGCAACAAUUUCAAAGAUUUUACUGAGUUACAGUUCAUAUAAGGAAAUAACUCAAUUUAA